AUGCAAACUGCGCCUGGUAUCGGAGUCAUCAGCAGCGCCGUUCUGAUGUCAGACGACCUCGACGAGAUUGACUGGGAGUUCUCAGGCAAUGAUUUCGGACAGUCAACGCCCACGCUGCAGACGAAUUGGUUCGGGAAGGGGAUCACGGGCAUCUGGGACAGGGGAACACAACCGCGUGAGUGA